AUGAAGAGAGAAAAGGGGAGGGAGGAGAGGGAGAGCACAUGGUUGAAGAGACUUGAGAGGAGGAGACUGUGUCGUGAGAAACCAGCACGUCAACCCCGCACGCCCCUCCCCCACCACCCCCACCCACUUUCCUCCUCCCCCUCCCCCCCCCCCCCCCCCCCCCCCCCCCCUUCCCCCCCUCCUCACUUUCCCCUCUCCUCCCCCCCCCUUUUUUUUCCUCUGCUUCCCCCCUCCUUUCCCCCCCCCCCCCUCCGCACCCACCCACAUUCAGGAUAG